UUGUCGUGAACUCGAGGGAUGCCCCAGCUCAGACGAACUUGAGAUCUAGUUCUUGAUUUGCAUCACGUGCUUGUACCUCGUACUCACCACGAGAGUUCCCUAGCCCGAUUCGUUCACGUGAACAUAGGUACAGAUCACGCGAGUAGGAUCCAAUCCACGUCAGAGCUUAUUCAGCAGUUGCCGUUUCGUACUCAAUGUUGUUCAGCCAACUUUCCCACUUGGUCGCGAACCUUUGGCCAGCUUCUACAGGAUUUAGCGGCUUAGCUCAGCUUAUCGUGCUGGACUUGAUAUUCUCCGGUUCGGCGGUGAACAAAGCGGAACCACAACAUUCUGACCAGUGGUCGAAGCCACGGCAGCAAGCAGUAUGACGACCUUACUGGAUGGAAUUGUUCCAUAAAAUGCAGCGUGCCUGCAUUUCGAUAUUCACAAAACGAGCUCCGCUGGAUCGUUAUCGUCCGUCUUCUCCCCUCCGCUUCAGUCCCUAUUGACCCAUAUCGUCGGCCUUAUCACUCAUGGCGUGCCUUCACACCCACCAGCCCCUCGAUCUGCACCCAACCCGUUGCGGAAGGGUCCCACGGCCAGCGGUAGAACCGCCGCUCGGCCGCUCCGCGCCAGCGCGUCCCGCAGUCGCGGAAAGUCCCCGCCGCGGAGUCACACCCAGCGCCCCGCCCACCUCCGCAGCGGGAACCCGUCUCCCCGCCGAGCCCUUUCCGCCGCUGAUUGCGCGGCUGCACUCCUACUAACACCAUCGCCUCCCCGCGGGAAGAAGCCUGCUUCCGCGUUUCACCGGCGGCGGCAUUCCCUCUCGGGAACACCAUCGUCGCCCACGAAGCUUGUGUCAACCCCCCGCCAACCCAGCGCGGAAAAUGUGACCCUUAAUACUCCUAACAGGGUCGCCAAUAACGAGUACGUUGCUGCUUCUUCUCGUGCCUUUCAGAGGCCUGCAGAUGCAACAGCAAGCCUUCCCAGUCGUCCUGGGGAAGCCAUGGUCCUGGGCCCUCGCACGACCACGCUUGCUGCCUCCUUCCAAAGCACUAGGGUGAGCGGUGGCAGCAACUCUGCCUCGCCUCAAUCUUCAAAGGCGGCUAUCUGCUGCCCUGUCUCUCCUCACAAUCCAAGGCUCGGCAUCAGCAGCAGCAGCAGCAGCAGCAGCAGCAGCAGCAGCAGCAGCAGCAGCAGCAGCAGCAGCAACUGCGCGUCUUCCACCCUGCGUCAUAUGCCGAGCAACAGCCCCCCUGCCUCCCCCCAGUUCCCAAGGCCGUGCCACAGCCUCCCUGCCUCUCCCGUAUGUCGUCGUGCGGACAACAGCCUCCCUACAUCUCCUCAGUCACCAGUGGGUUGUGGCAGCAUUGCCAGCAAAGCUAGCAUGAGUAGCAAGAGGGUGGCAGCAGAGAAACCUGGCAAGCUAUGCCUCAGUGCGCCCUGCAGCCCAGACGGGGUUCGCCUGGAAGAAGCCCAAGACGUGUGAAGUUUUCCCCAUAUAUUGAGGUGCUUGAGUAUGUUCCAUAUGCAAUACUUACUGGCUGUUUUUUGCAUUAGAACUUCAGCCUUGUUUGUAGCCUAGGAGUCUAGAACACUAAACCACAAUCUUUCUCUAGGAUAAGCGCUUAAUAUUUAUUGUUCUUCAAAUUGCAU